AUGGCGUUUUUUUUCGGGAAAAAAAAAAGCCAUUUAGAGCUUCCAAUCUCCAAAAAUAAGCCGAGAUUGAGUCCGAAGCGCAAAGGCGAUGGCACGGUUAGUAGGGCGAAAGUAAAUCAAUUUUUGAGAGGCAACACCCGCAAGCUGCUGGCAGUGGUAGCUCUUCUAGCUCUCAUUACCGUGUGGCGGUCUUUGGGCAACUCCAAUUGGAGUCAGAGCUCGCCGUUUGAGUUGCAGGAUGCAGAAUAUUACGACUAUGAUUUCUUGGAGACGGACGUAGAAACUCUCAAGAAAUACGACAACGGCUCAGAGCACUUUUUGAUAACUCAAGGUGGAACCGAUGUACUUACACCUGCAGAUAAAGAAAAGUUCGAAAGGGAAAUUCAGAUGCUUUACGGUUCGACCGUGCAAAAAUAUAACCUCGAGGCCUUCCAAGGCUCACCUAACGGGAUCAAGAAUAGGGAACACGUUCUAUUGCUAGUUCCUCUGCGUAAUGCCGAGCGCGUUUUACCCCUAAUGUUCAAAAACCUCAUGAACCUAACAUAUCCUCAUGAACUGAUAGAUUUAGCGUUUCUCGUCAGCGACUGCUCGGAAGACGAUAACACUUUAAGCGCAUUAAUAGAAUACUCCAAAGAGCUACAAAGUGGCAACUUAUCCGAACUAUUUGCUGAAACUGACAGUGAUGAACAGAUAUUGCAAGAAAAAGGUACACGAGACCUCUUCUUGAAAUACAUGCGCCCAUCCUACUUAGAAAAGGUAAAAAAGGCGUAUAGCCCGCCAUUCCACGAGAACUAUGACAAACCGUUUCGUUCUAUUCAGAUUUUCCAAAAAGACUUCGGCCAGAUCAUAGGUCAAGGGUUCUCCGACAGACACGCCGUAAAAGUUCAGGGUGUCAGAAGAAAACUCAUGGGCCGCGCCCGUAACUGGUUGACAGCUAAUGCAUUGAAGCCUUAUCACUCGUGGGUCUAUUGGAGAGACGCGGACGUGGAGCUGUGCCCAGGCUCUGUAAUUCAAGACUUGAUGUCGAUUGGUUACGAUGUGGCAGUUCCUAACGUAUGGCGUCCAUUGCCUGAAUUUUUAAGUGGUGAGCAAGCUUACGAUCUCAAUUCGUGGCCCGAGUCACCCGAUGCAUUACGUCUGGCAAAAACCUUAGACGAGGAUGAUGUGAUUGUUGAGGGCUACGCCGAGUACGCAACAUACAGAAUUCAUCUGGGAUACAACAGAGACCCUGACGGAAAUCCAAAGGAUAUAAUGGAGCUUGAUGGCGUUGGUGGUGUCUCCAUCUUGGCGAAAGCUCAGCUGUUCAGGAAUGGUGUUCAUUUUCCCGCGUUUACCUUUGAAAAUCAUGCGGAAACUGAGGCCUUUGGAAAAAUGGCGAAGAAAAUGGGGUAUAGAGUAGCCGGAUUACCAAACUAUACUCUGUGGCAUAUCUAUGAGCCGAGUGAUGACGACCUGCUGCUAAUAGCCGAGAAGGAGAGGGGGAGCAAAAGGUCGGGCGAUGGCUCACCCUGA